ACUAUUCAAUCCCUUUGAUAAACAAUUUUUUUUAUUUAAAUUCAAAGUCAGUGUUACGAAACAAUUAUGAUGAAAUUGUAUGUCUUCUAGUAAGAGAGAUGCAUAUAUUUAUAUUCCCAAAAUUAAAAAACUAAAAAAUGAGGAAGGUUUACAAUUUUGAUUGACCAUUUUGGUCAUUCACUUUCAAAGCUACUAUGCGCAAAGUCAAAAUUAUCCAUCCUUGCUUACCUAGUUGCCUUUUACUUUGAUUGCUCGGUUGAUGACCUAGACGGUGAUUAUACACCCCCUCCCCUCGUGUUUUUUCCGCUUCUUAUCGGAGAAGGCGACGGCAACGUAACCACCUUCAACCAUGGCAUUACAAGUGGCACCUUCCUCCUCUAAGGUUCUCAUCCUCGUUGGAGCUGGUUUGGCUAGUUCUGUUGUUUUGAAUAGUGGCCAAUUGUCUUCUGUUAUUGCACAGCUUCAGGAAUUGCUCAAAGGAGUUGAUCAGGUUGAGAUUUCAACAGGUGGAUAUGACGCCUCCGUUAUUGCUGCUCAGGUUCGGCAACUAGCACAAGAAAUUAGGGAAUUGACCUUAUCUAGGCCUGUGACUAUCUUCAAUGAAAAUUCUUCUUCUACCGGGGGUCUCGCUUCUUACUUACUACCUGCUGCUGCAAUAGGAGCUAUGGGAUAUUGUUACAUGCGGUGGAGGCAAUGGUCAUUUUCUGAUGUAAUGUUUGUAACAAGGAAGAAUAUGGCUAAUGCUGUUGCAACUGUGUCAAAGCAACUAGAGAAUGUACAUGAAACAUUGGCUUCAACAAAAAGGCAUCUAACGAAGAGGUUGGAAGGUCUUGACUUGGAGCUGGAAAAGCAGAAUGAGUUAGGCCAACUUAUUUCAACUGACGUGAAUGGAGUGAAGUUAGACCUUUCUGAGAUUGGGUGUGAUGUUGAACUUAUGCAUCAAAUGAUAUCUGGGCUGGAAGGGAAGCUCAAGCUUUUCGAAGAUAAUCAGUACCUGACUGAAUCGGGUGUCCAGUAUUUGUGCCAAAUUGUUGACGGACUUAACAAUGGACCAAAUGGUAGAGGUUACAAGGAAAUUGCAAAGCCUACAAUGGCACUUGAGGAGAAAGCGCCUAAGGGGCUGCAAUUCAUUGCUGAAACAACAGACUCUAUUGAGAACUCACCCAUAAUAACAAAGAAAGUAGGUCUCAACUUUUCAAAUGAAAAACUAUCUGUUUCUAAAUCAAGAAUACACAGAGCAUAUCCUGUUGGCAUUUCUGUGAGCAAGGGCAUUACUGAUUUAGCGCUUGAUUAGCCUUUUGCUUCAAAUUAUAGCUGGUCAGCCUGCAUGAUCACAAUGGAUUUAAUGACAGUAUAAGUGAUUUAGAAGACAUUGGUUAAACCCGGCUGCAUAGGGAGAACCAUCAGCUCCAUGUUAAUCAAUUUGUAUCUCUUGUAUAUGCAACUUUGAGAGGGAAUUAUACUUAAAUUUUUAUAAUACUUUAUCAUCAAAUGUGUUUAAAAUGAACUUGCAUGUUUCCUUCAGAUGUUUUCCAGAUGUAAUCAUACUGAGUCAGUAUCUUAUAAGAAGAAGCUUGUGUAUGCCAAAAUUAAUUCAAGUUUUUGAGCAA